CAUGUUAGUUUCAAGAUUGUUACAUCAAAAAGCCCCCCUCUUAAGAAUUUGCUCAAAAAGGAGUCAUUCAAGAGCCAAUGUUAUGGCAAAAAUUUGGUACGUUAAGGACAUUUUAAGUUGGACAAGAGAAAAGGUAGGAACAUGUUGUUCCUCAGAUCUCAGCGAACUCGAAAAUUGGUUAGAGAAAAUGGAAGAAAGUAUUAAAGACGGAGGAUAUGUUCCUAGAGAGGAGGACAGAGAUGACGGUUGGCUCCAAACAGCAAAGUUGGUAAAGAAGCCUUUUAAGUCAGAAUUUUGGAUGAAAGAAACAGAAUUCAAAUCAAAAGAAAUUCACGCUUCGGAGCAAAGAUCUUUAGUAGAGGAAUUUCCUCCUUUAGCAGACUACGAAGAUGCAAAUUUGAUAAAUUCUGAGCUACCAAAUUCAGAAGUCAGGAGAAAAAGAAAUGAUUUCAAAUUAGACCUUUCAGAUAGAGAUUCCGAAUCUAUAAAAUCGUUAUUGAGAGAGCGAAGAAUUCAAUCCUCCAGCAGAAAUGAAAAUCUUAUCUACUUAAAGGAACCGGCAUCCGAAAUGAUCUGGAAAGAAAAAGUUUCAAAGGAUAAAUCAGAGGAAAUAGUUAAUAGAUUAUGA